GCUCGCGAAUCCAACCGAACCGAAUCGAAACAAAGCUAAAGCUAAAGCUAAAACUAUAACUCAAACUGAGGCUCAAACAAUAACUCAAACUGAAACUGAAACUGAAACUGAAACUUAAACUGAAACCGAAGAGUCGUUAGCAUUAUUAAACAAUAAGCGAGUGUACUUCCCCGCAGUGCAUGAGUACGCCCCAGUCAGUAUUAUAGACAUAAACAUUAACAUUAACAUUAACAUUAACCUAGCCCAGUGCCGAGUGACUGCGAAAAUGUGCCAUACAACCAAGCAUUGCCAAAGCGAGACAACAAACAGCCAAAGCAGCAGCAGCAUUAGCAGCAGCAGCAGCAGCAAUAGACAACACAUUUGCAGUUGCAACAGCAGCAGCAGCAGCAGCAGCAGAGGCAGCAGAGGCAGCUUUCGCAUUCACAGUUAUACGCUGAUCAUGGCUCUGGCUGCGCUGCUGCUGCCAUUGACACAGGCCCGCCAUUUGCACGAUCAGCUGGCGCUAGGCUUCGCCUACGACGACGCGGACAGCUCCAGUGGCAGCGCCAGCCUCAGCCUCAACUCCGGCGACAGCGAGAGCGAAAGCGACAGCGACAGCAACAGCUCCGAAUCCAGCGACUCGCUGCCGGCCUGGCACGUGAAUCCGUUCCACGGACUGGCCGAUAGCUUCGGCGAUGCCAGCUACGACAGCGACGCCAGCAGCAGCAGCAGCGUUGAGGCUGAAAACGACAGCAGCUACGAGAAGAUUGCACAGGCGGCAGUCUAUGCCACAAUGCGCGAGCUGCGACGACAGCGCAUCAGACACCGACGCAGCCAUACGCUUAGGUUCUUUGCCCGAGUGCAGGAGGGCGCCGCGCCCGAGUGGGUGAACCCUUGCGGUGGCGUCUAUCAGCCGGACCAGAGCCAAGCCAGGGAUGUGGAUGUAUCCAGUGCAGCCAAGCGCAAGCAUCUGAUUGCGCUGCGCAACAAUACGCGGAUCGAGUACUGGAACAUCCGGCAAGACGCGAAUCUGGACUACGGCGACAUUCAGGCCUGGCAGCGCGAGUACAAGUUCCUGCCAAACAUGACGCGGCCCACAAAUGUGGUGAAACUCAAGACCUGGUACCGCCAUGUCCAGACAUUCGUGGGGAGCUUCGCGUAUUUGGGCAAGGCGCAGUACAAGUACCACAAGGAUCACCAGCUGCCGGUGGGCCAGAGCGCCGAGGAGCUGCACAAGCUGCUGGUGAGCGCACGCAGCGUGCUCUGCGAAAUUGAGACGACCAUCAAUGCCUCCUAUCCGUACAGCAAUGUGGCCAAGCUCAGCCAGAUCAGCAAGGCGGCCAUGCUCGAGCGUCUCAAGUUCUACACGCCCGCCGAUGGCAGCAAGGAGGCCGACAAGCGUGAUCUCAAGUUCACCAAACAGCUCUACUAUCAGUUCCUGGACAAUAUGUGGAAAUCGCUGCGCCUUGCGCUGCGCAAGCAUCACAGGGGCAGCAUGGAGCGCAGACAACACGUCGCCUCCGCCAGUUCCGCCUCAGCCAUCUCCUCUGCCGCCAACUCCCGCCAGACGUUCAGUCUGGAGAGCUCCGAAAGCGCCGCCGGCUUAGCGUCCAUGGUGGCGGCGGCGUCCAAUGACAGCGGCUGCCUCAACUCUGCCGAGUGUUAGGCCGCUGCCGCUGUCACUGCCACUGCCACUGCCACUGUCACUGGCUCCGGCUCUGCCCAAAGACGCCUCCUCGAAGUACGAAGCCUCCCAGUAUUAGCGCCCAGUGCUGUGCACAGUUCCUAGCUGCAGUUGCGGUUGCCAAAAGAGAGUCAACAACAGACGAAAACAAAAUCAAAACGAAUCGAAGAAUUUGUCGAAUGCCAUUUUAGAAUUUUAUGAGAAACGCCCCUUACCGCCAAAACAAACCAAGCCCCUUCCCUUAAAACCCACCUCUCUACCACGCACUUGUCAUAUGUAUUAAUUAUUUAUUUAUUUAUUUGCCAUUUAUGCUAGAGCUAUUUAGUAUUAGUAUAUCGUAUUAUAAUCAUUGCUACUUCCGUUGAGCGGGUAUUUAUGAUCACACACACACACACACACACACACGCACACACGCACACAUGCACACUCAAGUAUUUAUUUAUUGUUCAAAGUUACACAUGACCAUUCCCAGUUAAUUUCUAAGUCUUAAUUUAAUA